UUUCUUGCAGGCCCCUAAAAACUGCAAAAGGAAAAGGAUGUGACGUUGUUUGCGCGAUCGAACUCCGGGCAAGAUUUUGUUGUCCAUUAUUAAACAUACUCAGGCAACCUAGUUAAAAUAAAUUAACUACAAAUAUAAUCAUCACCAGUAGCUAUAUUGAUUAAUGGUUAGUUUUAUAUAUGUGUGAACAUGAUAUGUAACGUGUAAUAGUUUUGCCUAAUAACGUAAAAGUAAAUAAUACAACUCCGAGUUAAACCAUAGUUGACCAUCUUGUCUGUUUGUGGCUCACACAUGUAGAGCUCUUGCCUGUUAGCUGUAGUAACAGUUGACCAGCUCUUUGGCUCCGCUUUAAACAACUAUAAACGCUAUCAUUUUAAUAUCACAAUUAAAGGUUCCUCUGCACAUUUCUGCGUUGUUGUUUUUCACAAGCGGGGGGCUCCCCCCUUUUGUAUUUCAUCAGCAGCCUUAUGAAUAAUUGUUGAUUACAGAACCAUGAAGGUGAACAAACUCACACAGGGUAAAUCUGCAAAAUCUCAGAAGUGGAAGGAUGUGAGGGGCAAACGAAGCAGGCCUCCCAUCAGUUCCUCAGAGCUCAACUCGAGUCCUGUCAUAGCUAGGAUGGCGAAGGAGCACCAGGCUUCUGUGAAGAAAAAGCCCAACGUGAAGAGACUGAAGAAUAAGGCAAAGGCUGUCUCUAAAUCCAAAAAAAACACCCCUCCGUCUGAAUCUAAGAAAUCUCACACUCAGGCUAAUGGAAGGUCAGUGUUUACAAUGGACAAUGAUUCAAAUGACUCACAGGACUGGAAGGAGUACUCCCAGUCCAUUCAGAAGAACGGUGUGGAGACCUCAGGUAAUGUGGAAGAUGUUACCCGUAGACUGGAGGGACACGCUCUCCAUCACUGUGCUGAAAGAGAUGAUCGGAACAACCAUGCAGUACUUGUCAUGCAGAAAGAUCAGACGCUGUGUUUUCGUGGGAAGUGCUUUUUGACCUGUCUGUACGGUCGGGUAGAAGUGAUGGGGUUCACCAUUGAAGAAGGCCAGCAGUCAUAUCCACUCUUCUCCCCAGCUUCACAUUGUCCACUGACCAUUAGAGCAGUGGAAAGCCCUGAUCAAACCAGAGACGACAGAACGGAGGCUACACACAUCCUCCAAAAGUACCUGCCAGGAGUCUCACGGAAGAAGUUGCUAAAAAGGAUUACGUCAAACUCAUCCAUCAUCCUACUGGAGCCCAUGGAGACACCUCUGACACGGUUUCUGUCAAGCUUCACAGAUCUCAGUGAAUUGUUCAGCCCCACGAUGAGUGAACUCAUGUCAGCCGUUCUUGACACUCCACUCAAUGGUUUGGGUGUGAUUCCUCUGGCCAGAGCCAUCGAGGGCCUGAAAAUGUCAAGCACCUACAGAGAUGCUCUCAACAUGGUUGUCAGUGCCUGCAGAGGGGACAUGGAUGGUUGUGCAGUUAUCCUUGUUUGUGGGACCAAGAAUGUGGGCAAGUCAACGUUCAUCCGCACCCUCAUCAAUACCUUACUAAAUCACACUACUAGUGUAGAUUAUUUGGAAGGUGACCUCGGUCAAACAGAGUUCACUCCCGCUGGUUGCCUUUCUCUGUCGACCGUCAGAGAGCCCCUCCUGGGUCCUCCUUUCUCACAUCAGUGCACACCAGACCACAUGAUCUACUACGGUAGUUCAUCAAGUGAGACGGACUUAGAUCGAUACCUGGAAUCUCUUAAGUCCUUAUGGCGUAGACGCUCCCCCAGCAGAGAGACGCCCGUCAUUAUUAACACCAUGGGCUGGGUCAAAGGAUUUGGAUUUCAGCUGCUCGUGGACAUGAUCCGCUUCUUCCCAGUCUCGCACGUCGUCCAGCUCGGCCAUGGUGGUAUCAUGCAGUGUCCCGCCCUCACGCCGGAUUUCCUGAGGACAGCACAUGGCUGCCAGACACACCCACCUGCCCAGACAGCUCUGGACGAGUUUACAGAGAGCCACAGCCCCCCCAGAAGUUACACUCACCUUAUUGUACAAUCAGAGUUUCAAGGAGUGGGGCGCCAAGGAACAGCGAAACACCAGCGCACUAAUGAGCACAGAGAGCUGUCAUUGCUGGCCUACCUGAGUCAGCUGCAGUCUCCUGAACCUGGACCAAUUAGACCUCUACACAGCCUCACACCGUACCAGGUGCCCCACACAGCGGUGGCUUUAGGUGUGAUCCAUUGCGAGGUAGUUCCCAGUCACAUGUUUUAUGCUGCCAAUGCCAGUCUGGUGGGACUCUGCUGCCUGGGAGAGAAAGUGACAAGCAGGGGAGGCCCAGUGCUGCUAUCGCAGGCUCCCAUCUGCCCAUGUGUGGGCUUUGGUGUGCUUCGAGGUAUUGACAUGGCUCGAGGUCUGUACUUUUUGCUGACGCCUAUCGAUCCCUCCAUCCUUCGUAAGGUCAACUGUCUCCUCUUGGGAGCGAUUUCACUGCCUUCAUGCAUCCUCACAACCCAGCCUGGCUUUGAAGGAGAGAUGCCCUAUGUCACUAAAGACUACAGUUUUGAUCUCACUGGUGCAGGAAAGCUGCGAGUCUUUAAGGGAAUGACGAGACCCAGUCAAAUGGGGACAAAAUGACAUUUUCUAAAGGGCAUCGGUUUAUUGUCCUUCACCCUUCUUGACUGGUAUUGGUGCCAAACCAGUCAGCAUUGGCCUUUGAAUGUACAGAACUGAGGUUGAGCUGUGCAGCCAGUAUCACAGACUCUGCAGCAGGAGAUGGCUGCCUUCGUGGUGCUGGACCUCCUGCUGUACGUACACUUGGUGGCACUGUGAAGGAGUUUCUGUGUUUUCUCUUGUCACACGGACAAUAAUAAUAAUCACACUUUGUACUUAAAAGCUCUUGUUUGAUGUCUCUUCUCUGUUUAGUUGGCAUUCCAAAGCUGCAAAUGAAUACAAAAACCUGCCAGAUAUUAAAUGAAAAACAACUUUGGGUCAGACUUUGUAGUUUUAUUGAUUUCAGGGUCUGUUUUAGAGUAAUGCUGAUAUUUGUUUCACAGUCAGUCAUACAUCCAUGUAGAUUUCAACCAGGUAAUGGCCAUUUAACCAGAUUAUCACAGUAGGCGCUACAGUAGUUUGUUCAUUUGUGACAGUUGUAUUAUUAGAUAUGACCACUGCCAAGACUGUAGAGGGUUUACUGCUUACAAUAAACAUUCAAGGAAAGUGCAAGAAACAGAAAGAAAGAAACAGCACAGCUGUGCAGCAAGGGACCUUUAAUGUCACAUUUUCUUUGAAUCUGAAGCCUGUUUUGUCAGUUUUGUGCUUUAAUGCCAGUCAAGGUUUUACAGAAGUGGCUCUAUUUUCAUUGCUGACUAACUGCUUUAACUGCUGUACAUUUGGUAUUGUGUUAAAGGGACACAAAAAUGUUCCUGCACUUGUAGGUCAAUCAAUACGUUGUGGAAAUGCAACUUGUUUACGUUUCUUAUGUAGGCCUUUGUGGGAUAUAAAACAUUCAAAUGAAAGUCUA